GGUGAAUAGUAGAGUAGAUGAUGGAUGUGUUGGAUUUUAAAAAAAAAAAAAAAAAGAAAAAAAUAAAGAGGUGAUUGAUGCAAAGACUGAUUUAAAAGAUGAUAGAUUAUCAUAAUGGCUCAACGUCUCACCUACAGACGCCGCUGUUCUUACAACACCCGCUCCAACCGUGUCAGAGCUGUUAAGACUCCCGGUGGAAAGCUCGUCUACCAAUACGAGAAGAAGCCUGUUAAGGCUCCCCGUUGUGGUGAUUGUGGUGAAGCCCUCGCUGGUAUCAAGGCUCUCCGUCCUCGUGAGUUCGCUACUGUCUCCAAGACUAACAAGCAUGUCUCUCGUGCCUAUGGUGGUUCUCGUUGUGCUCACUGUGUCAGAAACCGUAUUGUCCGUGCUUUCUUGAUUGAAGAGCAAAAGAUUGUCAAGAAGGUCCUCAAGGCCCAAAAAUAAAAGACUGGCUAUUGUUUUCGUUUCUUUUUUUUUUA